AUGUCGACACCGUCCGUCCCCCCCACCACAAGCCUCGAACGCAAGCGCAGUCACUUGACCAUUGCCGACGUCAAGGAUGGCUACACUACACGGCCCUUGUCAAACCUGCUUUGGAAUCAAGAGUUCUUGACGUGCUAUGGCCCAAACGGCUGCCAUACCGUUUGUCUAGGAGAUACCUUCAAAGACGGUCGGUAUAAAGUUGUUCGCAAGCUGGGAUAUGACAACUCAUCUACCGUCUGGCUCGCUCAAGACACCUCAACCGAUACCUUGGUGGCACUCAAGAUACGCAUAGCCCACGAGAGCGGCAGCACCUCGAGGCGUGAAGUCACGGCUCUCGAAACCCUGCACGCCAACAAGGCCACAUCCAAACUCUUUCCCGUGCUUUACGACGACUUUGUCCAUAAUGGGCCCAAUGGUGCCCAUCGAUGCAUCGUCAUGCAGGUUCUUGGUCCUUCGCUAAGACUAGUUCUCGAGGCCACGGCCACAUUACACGAAGCCGGCUUUGCCCAUGGAGACCUCGAUACCAAUAAUAUUGUCUUUUCCAUUCGUAACAUGGCAAAACUCUCCAACAAAGCAUUCGUCAAAAAGCUCGGCAAGUUGGAAACGGCGGAGCUGCUACGUGCGGAUGGAUCGCCGCCAGACGACUACUUGCCGAAGCAGCUCGUCGGUGCUGCAGAGUGGGACGGCUGGAUCGACGAGGACGAAGAGGACAUCCGCCUCAUCGAUGCGGGCGAGUCAUUUCGCGUCGGCGACCGGUUUCCGAGCAGUAAAGACCAAGGUGGUGUAUUACGCCCACCCGAGACGCUUUUCGAGGAGACUUUUGACUAUCGAGUUGACCUCUGGCGUGUUGGCGAUGUUAUUUAUUGCCUUCUUUAUGCGUCAUGUCCCUUUAUGUAUUUGGGUCAUGACUGCCAUCUAGUCGACUCGAUGAUUGACCUCAUUGGGGCGCUGCCGUCUGAAUGGGAGCCACAGUGGCAGCAAAUCCGCGAAGCCUCGGGCUGCCCUGUCGAAUCUUCACGCGACGCCAACCCGACCACAACAGAACUCGAGACAGACUUUAGGGAAAGAGUACCAGAGCCACAGCUCGCGGUGCUGCUCCCCGUCCUCCAGGGUCUCAUGCGUUUCCGACCAGAGGACCGAAUCUCUGCACGCGACGCUCUUGCGCUCCUCGACCAGGGUAAUAGCAAGGACGCGUCAGGCUCAAGUGGCGCAGACGAGUCGAGUAAUGAAGCGGAGUUGAGUAGUGAGGAGGAGUCGAGCAGUGAAAGGGAGUGA